AAGUCCGCUCUUAGAUUUUUACAACGUACAACAAACUCUGUGUGUCCUUCUGAUUGCACUUUGUUUUUUUCUACAGCAUCGAUUGUGAAAGAAAAAACGCAAAAAUGGUGUUCUGGAUGGAACAGUGUUUCACCGACACCCAGGAUGACAGCAAGCUGGGGCAGGUUGGCUGUUGCCAUUGCGACCGCUCGCGGGAACCAGGGUGCUGCUUGCGGUUUUGGUCCGGUUUCUUCAGCUCUCCUUGCGGAGCGGGAAUGUGUCUGACGGGGAACUACGACGGUCCCGGGUCGCGUACGAGAGUGGUGCACAACUCAAACUCUCCCUCCUUGUCGCUUUUCAUAGCCUCUAUCAUGGAAUAAACAAAAAGAACAGCAACGCUGCACGUUCCCUGGCAUGAGAAAUCUUAAUCUGAUCUACACGUACAUGUAGAGUGUCUUUGUGUCUGGUCUCCCGACUAAUAGUUUCAUGCUCACUGUGCCGAACGAGAACCGCAAUGACAAAUGAGGGGGACCGACGAGGGGAAGUUGUGCGAUCUCAUAUUGCGGGCCUUCAAGUUGCAAUUGUGCCUGUUCUUCUUGGUGCUUCUGCCGGAGCUCCUCUAUCGCAGUUUGCACCUCGUUAUACUCCUCUGCAACCCGCUCCCGCCCCAAGCGAAGGUAUGAGACGAGGACGGGGAGAACUAAGAACUUGAAAAUAUAAUUCUGCUGUAGUUCUGUUGAUGCUGCAAAAACUUGGAACUUCAACUUUUGGUAUUGUCUACUCACUUAAAUAGAAUGAAGACACUUCGGUAUUUUAUUCAGGUCUCCUACAUCGCGUUCGAUGAGCAGGUCAAGUACGAGUUUUCGCACUCCUACUCCGACGACGUUUUGCCCCUUAUCAUUGUGCACGUGGUACUAAGUGCAAAUAUGUGUGGGUCUGGAAGAUUGUUAGACUUCUGAUGCAUAAUAUCUGACAUGUAGAUGUACGUGACAGACCGGAGACUCUGCGAUGGUGCGUGAGCACGAAAGGGUCCUCUUUUGUGUUAUGCAAAAACGCAGCGGCGCGGGCGCGGCCAGCGCGUCAUGCUCAUGAUGCGGAGUACGCAACAAGCCAUUCUAGCAGCCCAAAAAUUAUUUAUUAUUUGUCAUGCUUGGCCUUGGCUGCGUAUGCGUAAGCGUAUUGCAGUGCGCAUAUCACUGACAUUGUCAUUCACUUUUAGCAUUACAAGGCCCCAAGUGUAACGUUACAGCGCGAAUAGAAAGACAAAGAAGCGAAAAGCGACAAGCUUAACCUUUUACGUGUGGAGCGUGUUCACCUCUUGUAUAAUUACAACUUUCUAGUCCCAGACACAUUUGCGAUAGAUAUGUGGUCGUGGACAUUUUGACGUUUGUUGCCUGGAUCACCUCUGUGGUCCACCUCCUCAUGUGGGUAUCCACAAAAAAAGACCCAUCCCCAUCGAAUUUGUGAUGCAAAACAUGCAUCAAGUCCAGUGCUUUUCAUGCAGAAAAUGGAUGGGGAUGGGUUUUUUUCUGCGGAUAUUGGGAACCGAAGACCUACAUGAGCAGAAACUCCGCCGUUGUGGGGCCGCCCACGACAGUGUAAGGAGAAGCAGAGGACGGUCGUCGAGGAAGUCGUCGCGUUCAAGUCGCAAAACUAAAACAAGGAUUUUAGUAUAUUGAUUUUUUGGCACAGUCAGUCGUGUACACUCUAUUGUAUGAUUUGUUUACGACGAAGAUUACGACUAGUGCCAGAAUGACACUUCGAAGAACAAAACCCUAGAGAACUACAAACGUACAAUGAAUUUCAGUUUGGAUUUGGUCAUAUCGACUUUGUGUCGCGAUUGAAGUAGAAUGAUUGGCAUUGGCCACAACAUGACAACUUUACAAAUUACCUCGUCAUGUCAUUACUCUUGCAGCUGCAGCACGGUAGCGCGCACGAUCGCUUGAGUUACACCUUUUGUCGAUUACAGUAUACAAAUACAUCAUUUUUAUUAAUAGUUUGCUUUGCACCGCGUUUAUUCGUUGUAUAGUAAAGAUCUCGAUCUGUUGGAAUUACAAGAAGCACAAAAUUAGAUAUUAGUAUCACUAGUAGUUUUGUGGUACUGGCAACAAUUUCACGAAAAAUUGCAGUAUGUCCCAUAUUAGCAGCUUACCACACGAGAUAAAGAAAAAGCACACGACCGCAAAAUCUCGCAUGGAGGAAACGAUCCGCUGAAUUGAGUCCAUUGCUGUCUCGAGAAAUAAGGAAAAACGCAGCUUGAUGUUGCUUUGUUGCCUAU